AUGUCAUCUUCACCAUCUCAAGAACAACAACCUGAAACUGGAAACUUACCUGUUCCAACAAUCAAUCUAAGAAUUUUACUUUCAUUAAAGGAAGCUGCCAAAAUUAUUGGUCUAAAGGGAUCAACAAUUUCCAAAAUUAGAGAAAAUAAUACCGUGAAAAUUGGUAUCUCUGAUAAAGUCCCCGGUUGCUCAGAUCGUAUCUUAUCAUGUGCUGGUCCCAUUAAUAACGUCUCUAACGCAAUCGGUGAUUGUAUUGAAAUCUUAAAUGAAAUUGAUUUCGACACUAACGGGAACGUAUUACCUUCUUUAAAAUUAGAAAAAUAUUCUUUCCAUUUCUUAAAUAAUAUUUUACCACCUCCAUCUUCAGCUGAAUUGAAACCACCAUCUCAUGGAAACGACGAACAGCAACAAGAAGGAGAAGAAGAAGAGGAAGUUGCUGAAGAAGAAAUCGAUUUGAAUAAAAUCGGAACAGUAAGAUUGAUCAUAUCAAAUCAUCAUUUAUCAUCAAUCAUAGGUAAAGGGGGUAACAAAAUUAAAUCCUUGAUUAGUAAACAUGGUGUCAAAAUCGUCGCAUCAAAGGAUUUCUUACCUGAUUCACAAGAAAGAUUAUUAGAAAUUCAAGGAUUCCCAGGUUCAAUCACUAAUGUUCUAAUUGACGUGUGUGAAAUCUUAUUGAAUGAUAUCGAUGUCAAUUUUAUUCCUGAAAAACGUUAUUAUCCUCAUUUGUCUUAUAGUAAUUCUCAUCACAAUUCUCAUAAUAAUAAUAAUAAUAAUAAUACGGAUAAUAAUAACCCGCAAAACAAUGGGAACAAGCGUCAACGUGAUCAUGCUGAUGAUUACAAUAGUAAUAAUGAAUUCAAAAGAAACGUGAAAAUCCCUGAAAUUUACGUAGGUGCUAUUGUAGGGAAACAAGGUAAUAGAAUUGCUAAUUUAAGGAAAUUUACCAAGACCAAAAUCAUGAUCCAAAAGAGAGAUGGACAAGAUGAUCAUCAUAGUGAUAAUGACGAAGAAGAGAAUAGAAUAUUUACCAUAACUAGUAAUUUAGAGAAAAAUGUAGAACUAGCUGAAUCAAUGUUAUUAAGAAACUUGGACGCUGAAAUCCUUAGACGUCAAACUAAAUUCAAUAAUGAAACUAUUACUAGAAAUGAUAAUGAUAUCGAAAUGGAUUGA